AGGGGAUAUAUUGGCUCGCCCUCCCCUCAGCGCAGAGCCGCGUGCAUCGACGUCGCGUUCGGACCGGUAACCAAGGAACAGGGCACCGUAGUAGAAGAAGAAGAAGAAGAGAGAAUCCAACCGUCUAAAUAAAAAGGAAGUAAAGCGAAAAAAAGGAAACAUGCCGGCAAACAAGGAUGACGGCGGCUGGAAGAGCUUCGUGUGGAACUCCGAGAAGGGGGAGCUUCUGGGACGCACUGGGUCGAGCUGGUUUAAGAUCCUGACAUUCUACGUGAUCUUCUACUCCUGUCUGGCGGGGGUCUUUGUGGGGACCAUCCAGGCCAUGCUGAUGACUCUCAGCAACUACAAGCCCACCUGGCAGGACCGGGUCGCCCCCCCAGGCCUCUCCCACAUGCCCCGCUCGGACAAGACAGAGGUGUCCUUCAACACGCGGGACCUCGAUACCUACAAUCAGUACACCAAGAGCCUCCGCGCCUUCAUGGCCAAGUACGACGAAGAGAACCAGCGAGACCAGAUGCAGUACGACGACUGCGGCGAGGAGCCGACGGAGUACCGUGAGCGCGGGGAGCUGGAGAGCGACGUUGGUGUCCGCAAGGCGUGCCGCUUCUCCCGCUCGCUGCUGGGCGACUGCUCCGGCCUGGAGGACCCCGACUUCGGCUUCAAGGAGGGCAAGCCCUGCAUCAUCGUCCAGCUGAACCGCAUCGUCAACUUCAGGCCAAGGCCCCCCAUGAACAACGAGAGCAUCCCUGAGGAGGCCCACCACAAGGUUCAGCCCAACGUGAUGCCCAUCUACUGCACAAACAAGAGAGAGGAGGAUGCCGGCAAGGUGGGCGAGGUGAAGUACUACGGCAUCGGUGGCGGUUUCCCGCUGCAGUACUACCCGUACUACGGCAAGCUGCUGCAUCCCCACUACCUCCAGCCCCUGGUGGCCCUGCAGUUCGUCAACCUCACCAUGAACGCCGACAUCCGCAUCGAGUGCAAGGUGUACGGUGACAACAUCGCCUACAGCGACAAGGACCGCUUCCAGGGACGAUUCGACAUCAAGUUCAACAUCAAAAGUUGAUGAGGGUCUCCUUGACCGCCUGGGGGGGAGGGGGUGACACCCUGUGACACCCACACCCCAACAACCCGACACCCAACCCCUGUCCUGUCCUUAGGACCCUUCCCUGACCCUCCUCGUCCAGUAUCGUCAUCCCCUUCCUCCUUUUCCUCCUCCCCACACUAUACCUCAACCCUUCCCUCCUCCUUCUCCCCCUCACAUUAUACCUCACCCCUCGCCGCCUCCUCCUCCUCCUCCUACUAUACCUCACUCCUUCCUGACUCUCCUCCUCCUCAUCCAGCAUCAUACCCUCCCACUCCUCCCCCUCUUCCUCCUCCUCCCCCUCCACACUAUACCUCACCCUCCCCUGACCCCCUUCUACACAUUGGAGCUUAACUCAUUUCAGGAAGUGAAGGAGAGGGAGGGGGAGGGAGAAGAGGGAAAAGAACAUAACAUAAUUUAGUAGAUGUGUAAAACAAAAACAGGGGUAUGAGUAAUAUCGGUUAGGUUAAAAAAAAAUAAACACUUAUGACAACAACGAAUAAAAACAAAAAAAUGAAAACUUAACCGCCCCAAAAAAUAAAAUGGUCGCCCCGAAGACUCAUCCACACCCCUGGGAACGGUGAUUUAAAAUGGCAGCCGUCAACACUAGCUUUCUCCGCUUUCUGCUUCGCUUUAGAGUUUGUCAUUUACAGGAUGAGUAGCAUAGAGUAACCCACGAAAAAAUAUAUUUAUUCUACUGUAAAUGGAGGUCUUCCACAGGGGCUACGAGACACCGUUCAUUUCUAACUGUAAAUCAAUAUUUCACCACUGUGUAGAGAGCCGUCUUUAUAACGAUAUAUAUAUAAAUAUAUAUAUCUUUUUAUUUUUGGGAGUGUAAAAAUGCAGUAGUUGCAGACUUUUUGGGUCUUUUCCAAACCAUGUUGUAACCGGUUUUCUUAUGUACGCAAGCUUUAGCAGUCUGAGACGUGUAUAUACGUGUAUAUAUAUCUAAUAUAUAUAUAGAUGUAUACUCUGUGAUUUGAAGAUGGGGGGGAAAAACACAAUAUUUUGGCGGUACGCUGGGAUCGAAUGAGGAAAUGGCUUCACUCCAGGGAACUUUUUAACUUAAUUUAAAUUUUUCCAUCUUUUUUUUGUGUCUUUUAUGUCUUGAUCGAGGGAAGAAUCGAGGUUGGGGGAGGGACGGGAAAUCUUUAUAGUAUGCUUUUUUUUUUCUUUUUUUUUCUUUUCUUUUUCUCUUUUAAUGAUUUUAAAUGUGGUAUCAGGGGCUUUAAAAAAAAAAAAGACGGUUGAUUCGUGUUUUUUCUUCUUUAAAACGGAUGUUCUUUGUCGGUUGGUCUUUAUCCGUUUCACCUUGAAUGUAGACACGUGCGAUCGGCACAUCGGGAAAUCGGACGAUCUUUGACCCGCGGAAACGAAUACCUUAAAACUAAAAUCCGAUAUGUUGGUCCGACGAGGGGCACGUCCGACGUGGUGGGGGGGAGGGGUCACCUUUCUGAUAAACUCGGUUUUUUUGUUAUUGUCUGCCAUUUCAAUGUGGCUGGGUUAUAAAUUUUAUAUUUAUGCAGUUGUACAUUUUGUUUAUCCAGAACAGUUUAACAUAUAAGUACAAUACCAAAGUCGCUGGGGGGAAUAGCGUUGAGGGUGGAGUUUUUUGUCAGAAGCAAACGCAGUACUCGGUGUUAUUUUGAUCUCGAUGUUUAAGUGCUAAAAAGUCAAUGUCUGACAUCCUUCAUGGUUCAGGAGCUCAUCCCCUCUUGUCAUUUAUUUAAUCAGAGUAAGAAACAAAAGUGAAAUAAAAUAAAAAGACAAAACUAA